UCUCUUCCCUCUUCCCUCUCACUUCUCCACACGCACACAAACAAACACACACAUACAUAUUUACACACAAAAACAUCACUUCUCUCUUUCUCUCUCUCUUUCAGUACAUACACAUACACAUACACAUACAUAUAACAUAGGGCUUCGUUCCCUUUCUCUUCUCUCAUCGGAUCUGUCUUUCUCUCCGAUCUCUCCAACCAAUCCCCUCACUUUAUAGAUCCUUGCCCAACACCAAAAAAGAAAAAAAAAAAAGAAACUCAAAUACCAACAACAACAAACAUAAUCAAAACAACAAACACCUCACCUGCACAAUCCUUAUAGCCAACAAACAGCAACAUUAAAUCAAAUCAAAUCAACGCUUUUUUUCUCUUUUUUUCUCCCUUCUCUCUUCUUCUUGUGUUUCUGCCAAUUGGGUGGUGAUAGCCAGGCAUUUCCAUUUCCAUUUCCAUUUUGGGUUUUCUCUUGAAUGGAUAUGGAAUGCCCCCCCAGCUGUUUCUUUUUUUCAAGAGCUUUCUUGGAAUGAUACGAUGAUUAAUUAAACAAUGACUGCGAAGAAAUGAGCAAGAACAGCUUCACCAAGAAUCAUAAGCACGAUAGCGAAGAAGAAGAAGAAACAACCGAAGAAGAAGAAGAAGAGGAGGAGGAGGAAGAAGAAGAAGAAGAAGAAGAAGAAGAACAUUUCUACGAAUCACUCGAUCGUAUUGCUUCUUCUUCUUGUUCUUGCUCUGCUUCUAACUCCGACUCCGAUCUUGACCCGACCCCGGCCCAUUUCAAUUCCCCUCCUAAUAGCGAUAAUAAUAACGGAUACCCAUUUGUUGUCCCUAAAUUCUCUGGAUAUGAUGUUUGGAUCUCUGAGCCAGCUUCAGUAUCUGAGCGCCGCGAGAGACUACUCCAUCAAAUGGGUCUGGCUUCCGACCGGGCCAAACCCGGUCGGUCUGCUUCUUCCGAUCAUUUAAGCCGGGAACAACCGGGUCCGGGUCCUGGUUCUUGUUCUGGUUGUGGCAUUGUUCGAUCGAAAUCGGACGGCGGUGGUGGUUCAAGAUUGGAUCGGGAUGAUGGUGAUUUUAAUUCUUGUUCUUCUUCUUUGUUAUCUUUUUAUUCUCCUCGGAUUCUUUCCCAUGAUUUAAUGGAUGUAAAUAAAUGUAAUUCCAAUGUUGGUGAUGAUAACAACAAUAGUAAUAAUGCUGUUGUUGUUGGUGGUGAUGGUAGCAAAAGAACUCUAAAUGCUUCUCUUUCGCCAAAUAAGCCUCCUUCAGGUAAAUUUAAUGGUAGGAAAAUGGAUGUAACUCGAUCUGAUUCCACAAAUUCUAAUGGUAAUUUAAAUGGGAACUGGAGCUUAGGAGAGCUUGGGGAGGAACUGGAUUGUAAUGGGGUUGGUCGAGUUGAUGAUACUACUAGUACUAGUACUACUACUAUAACAACAGCAGAAGCAGAAUCAACCCAAGUGUGUACAAUUAAGAAUCUUGAUAAUGGGAAAGAGUUUGUAAUUAAUGAGAUAAGGGAAGAUGGGACUUUAAACAAGUUGAAAGAAGUGGGUACUGGAAGGCAGCUGACAAUGGAGGAGUUUGAAAUGAGUGUAGGGCAUUCGCCGAUUGUGCAAGAACUGAUGAGGAGACAAAUUGUAGAGGAUGGUACACGAGAAAGUCUUGAUUCCAAUAAUAAUGGAGGUGUUGGAAGCGGGGUGUCCAAGCUGAAAAAGAAGGGCAGUUGGUUUAGGAGUAUAAGGAGUGUGGCAACUGGUGUAAAGGGGAAUAACAAAGAGAGAAGAAGUAGUGAUGAAAGGGAUACUGGGUCUGAGAAAGGAGGAAGGAGGUCAAGUUCAGCUACAGAUGAUAGCCAGGAUACAUCAUUUCAUGGUCCUGAGAGAGUGAGGGUGAGGCAAUAUGGGAAGUCGUUCAAAGAGUUAAGUGCUCUUUACAAGAGCCAGGAGAUACAAGCACAUAAUGGGUCGAUUUGGUGUAUUAAGUUUAGUUUAGAUGGCAGGUAUCUAGCAAGUGCAGGCGAGGAUUGUGUGAUUCAUAUUUGGCAGGUUAUUGAGACAGAAAGGAAAGGAGAGUUGCUGAUUGAUAAACCGGAGGAUGGGAAUUUUAACUUUUUGUUGACUGCAAAUGGAUCACCUGAACCUUCUUUGUUGUCACCAACAGCAGAAGGUCAUUAUGAAAAGAAAAGGAGAGGGCGAUCAUCUUUAAGUCGAAAAUCUUUGAGCUUGGAUCAUAUUGUUGUGCCAGAAACUGUGUUUGCACUUACAGACAAACCCAUAUGUUCAUUCCAAGGACAUCUAGAUGAUGUACUUGACCUCUCAUGGUCUAAGUCUCAGCACUUACUUUCUUCUUCAAUGGACAAAACUGUGCGCUUAUGGCAAUUGUCUAGCAAGACUUGUUUGAAAAUAUUCUCACACAGUGAUUAUGUAACUUGCAUCCAGUUUAAUCCUGUUGAUGAUAGAUACUUCAUCAGUGGGUCCCUAGAUGCAAAGGUUCGCAUAUGGAGCAUCCCUGAUCGUCAAGUUGUCGACUGGAAUGAUCUGCAUGAAAUGGUCACUGCUGCUUGCUAUACUCCAGAUGGCCAGGGCGCACUUGUUGGCUCAUACAAGGGAAGCUGCCGGUUAUAUAGCACAUCUGAGAAUAAGUUGCAACAAAAAUGUCAAAUUAAUCUGCAGAAUAAGAAGAAGAAAGCCCAUCUCAAAAAAAUCACUGGAUUCCAGUUUGCACGAGAAAGCUCAUCAGAAGUACUCAUUACAUCAGCAGACUCUCGAGUUCGAGUUAUUGAUGGUGUUGAUCUGGUUCACAAGUUCAAAGGGUUUCGUAACGCCAACAGCCAAAUCUCAGCCUCCCUCACAGCAAAUGGAAAAUAUGUAGUCUCUGCUAGUGAGGAUUCAUACGUGUAUGUGUGGAAGCAUGAAGCUGAAUCUCGACCUAGCAGAAACAAAGGUGUUACCAUCACACGUUCAUAUGAGCAUUUCCAUUGUCAAGAUGUAUCUGUGGCCAUUCCAUGGCCUGGCAUGGGUGAUAUAUGGGGACUACAAGAUACUCUUCCUGGAGAACAGAAUGGACUUGAUAACCAUCUUGAUGAGGUCUCAAUCGCCAAUCAUCCUCCUACACCUGUUGAGGAAAUAAGUAGCAACAAUGGUUCACAAUCUUUAUCUGGGUGUACCAACAGUCCACUCAAUGGAAUUAUUUGCAGUGCAACAAAUGGUUAUUUCUUCGAUAGAAUUUCAGCGACAUGGCCGGAGGAGAAACUCAAUUUAGCUACCAGAACCUGGAGCCCCCGCUCAAGUGUGGAUAUUGCCAGUGGGAUGAGCCAGAAUAUGUCAGCCUAUGGCAUGGUGAUUGUAACUGCUGGCCUUAGAGGGGAAAUUAGAACUUUCCAAAAUUUUGGAUUGCCGGUUCGAAUUUGAGGGAGGGUUGGAAGAGGGUAUUGAAGGUGUUGAAAAUGAGUUUGGCAAGCCAAGUAUAGUCAAAAGUUCCCCCCCCUCUUGGUUAUAUUGUGUACAGAGAUGUUUGGUGAGAUGUGUAAUAUUAGUGAGUUUCAGUUCUUUCCUGAUGCUUGUGCUCAUCGGAUGUUGAGUUCAGAUGGAAAUCCUGUCCGAUUGAGCAUUGCAAAAAAAAAAAAAAAAUUUAUAGAUUUGUUAAACCCAGAAAAAAGAAAAAGAGAAAAAAAAAAGAGUACACCCUGAAUCUAGAAACCGAUGUAUUUCUCAUGUCGGGAAUUGUAGAGUUAUGAGCAUGGCAAAAGCUUAUUGAAUUAAAAUUAAAUUCUUUUACAUUCAUUCUCA